CGUCUUGCUUUUCUUCUUACAGCGCUGUGUGCGCUUUGCGUAGCCUCCUUAGGCCGCGCUCGUCGUUCCGUGGGUGAGAAUUCGCAGUGAGAGCACUGCCAGGAGAUCUCUUCAGUGGCUGUGUUCUGGCUCGUUUAUGAGGCGCCAAAGGCCAGAUGCGAAUGAUAUCAGUCCUUGCUACUCCUGCGCGUGGCCGGUGGGUGAACCAAUGUCUAUGCGCGUCGCUGGCGCCUCGCAAAGUAUGGUCUGAGAGACUGCCACAAACUGGAGCUUUCACGAAGGAUGGCAGAUCGCCACCUCAGACAAAUAAAGAGGCCUCCCACACCUCCCUGAGCGGCCUCAGACGCCUUCGAGACGAAAAACCGGGAGACCUGUGCCCAGCCCAAGCCGCCGCCGCUGUGCACAGCGUGCGCGCAUAAUUGGGCUGCCUCAGAGCCGCAUCGCUCGAACAAAUACGCACUGAGGCGCCCAGCAGUCGCACCGAUCGCGCGACAGCGGAGUUCAGCCCCCAAAGCACCCCCACCCAAGCCAGGGGCUGCCUGAGCACAGCCAUGAUGAAAUCACCGAAAACAAGAGCCUCGAAGGCCGUCCUCAAGGCGCGAGCAGCCAGGGACCUCGCCGCCAUCGACGGCGACCAGGCCGUUUUUAGAAUAGAGGAAGCUCAGAGGCGGCGCAUGGUCGCGGAGGCCAGAGAGCAGUACGAGGAGUUGAUAGAAGUUGUGGACGACGAGGAGUUCGACCGAGCCUUGUCGUUGCGGACGCCCGAAAAAAAGUUAAGGCAGAUGUCUACGUAUACUGGGCCUCGGAUAGAUGAUUAUCAGGGCCACCAAUAUGAUGCAUUUCCCAUCACUCAAGCAGAUCAUGAUGACCAUAAUCAUGAUGGCGACUUUCUGAAUUUGAGUUCGACGUCGGAUUUGUUCGAGCUGGACAAGGUCAUUCUCAAGAGGAAAGACACGUUGACGGGGUUAGAUCUGUACCACUCGGGGAUUGAUGAUAUCUCGCUCAAACAACUCUGUUCUGCUGCUGGUAGAUGCCCAAAACUGAGGGAAUUACACUUAGGUAGGAAUGAUUUCACGGACGAUGGGGUCGACUACAUAUGUAACAAUCUGAGAGACCUGGAUCUGGAGGUGUUAGAUGUCGGGUGGAACCGGGAGAUCACUACCGUGUUUGCCCAGACUUUAGCUUCUUGUGUCGUGUCGCUGCGGAGACCUCCCACACGUUUGAGGAUUGGCCGGUCGUGGCUCCCCGUUGAUCAGAUCUUAGAUGGUGACUUACAAGAACUCGACCUGUCCAAGGACGUCCACCCCGACGUGGAUGGCGCGUUCAUCGCUGUCCUUGUGUCGAAAGCUUCGAAGCCGCCCCACGUCCUGUGUCUGGACGGCGCGCCGUUACCGAUCUACAAGCUACUCUAUGGGAUGAAGGGUGAACCAGAUAAAGAUGAUAACGUGGACGCUAUUGAACAUGAGGCCGCCGAAGAAUCUGCAAAGCAAGCGAGAGAUGUCAACUUACGGGGCGGGCACUUAAUUUUACAGGACCUGUCGCAGGCGGACGCUUGGUUAAUUGCGGGCACGCUGUCCGCGGAUCUGCGACCAGGUUUAAGAGCCUUAACGCUGGACGGUUCUGCAGUGCACGCGUCGGGCUGCGAAGCGAUAGGGCAUGCCUUGCGGACGUGCCGCGCGCUACGCGUUUUACGAAUGAACACCUGCCAGCUCACGGACGGCGGCACGGACUCGAAAGGUGUGAGACAACUCGCGUAUUCCAUCCGGGAGCCGCUGUGUUUACUGGCAGAACUAGAAGCCAGAGACAACGACGUUGACGAGGACGCUUGUAAGUUCAUCGCUGACGCACUGCUCGAGGGAGACGGUCUAAGAUGCCUAGAUCUGAGGGAUAACCCCAUUGAUGAUGGGGUUGGUGGUACGGCGUUAGCAGCAGCUGUGGAAGAGUCGGAGCGACUGGUCGCGCUCAACGGGAUCGACAUAAAUGGUAUACGUGCAAAUUUAGCCUGUUCCCAGGCCGACGGCUGGCAGCCCUUCGAGGUCACGUUUCUAUGUAGACGAUUGCAAAAGUGCUCUACUUUGAGGUACUUAAACCUGGAUUCCAAUGAUUUGGGACCUAUUCAUUUGGAAGCGUUGGCGAUGGGUCUUGAUUCUGCCGAACACAUCCGAGUUGUAUCACUCAGAGAUAACAAGCUCCAAGGCACCUUUGUCGAUGAUACUGGCAUAGACCGGGGCUGCUACGAUGGCAGGGGUGUCAAAAGGCUAGCCAAGCACCUCGCGCAACGACGAGGCAUGCGUUCUCUAGAUUUGCGAGGUUCCCACAUCGACGAUAGGGCCGGCAAGGACGGCCUCGCGCAGGCUAUCUACGAAGGCUCGCACGCUUUAGAAUGUCUGGAUUGGAUCGACCUGCGGGAAGGUUCGGGUGUGGAGGACGAAAGUAUUGUCAGACCAGCAUCUCCCGGAGUCAUAUUGGACGCCAAGGGCCUGGACAUGUGCACUUCCGCCUUCUUAGCGCGGGGGCUACGGGCGCAGCCUGAACUCGUCGCGGUGGAAGCUCCCGGCAAUGGCGUUUGUGUCCCUUGGUCGUGUGACUGUUUGGCCGAGGCCCUGCGGACGCCGAAGUGCCAACUGAUAAGGCUGGUGUUAAAUAAAACAAUUCUCAGAGUGGAAGGCGCGGUCCCGUUGUUCGAAGCCCUUAAAAAAUGUUGUCCUCCUUUGGAAGUCUUGGAGCUCUCCCACGCGUGCUUGUGCGACUCCUGGGUCGGCUACAAUCGGGAACGGUCGUUAGAUGCGAUGAGGGAGUGCGCGUCGGCUUUAACCGCGCUCAAGUGCAACCUCAAACAACUAAUACUGGACUUCAACAAGCUCCAGGACGAUGGGUUGCAGAUCAUCUCAAAUGCUCUGGAGCGAAACUUCUCGCUCGAAACGCUGGGCCUGCGCUCCAAUGCCCUGAGUGAGGGCGUUGACCUAGGAAGGAUGCUCCGCGCCAAUAGAGGCUUGACCUCCCUGGAUCUGUCGCGGAACAAGUUCACGCAGAAGGGCCCCGAGGCGCUCGUGGAGGUCGCCAACGCGUUGGUGAAGAACCGGUCGCUGAAGACGUUGGAUUUAACAGGCUCGGGCGUCGAUUCCGCGAGCGGGCCGCGGCUGGCCCUGCUCGAGCCGGCGGCGGUCGCGCUCGCGUACUGCCUCGACGAGAACCCCGUGCUGAAGCAGGUGCGGCUCUAGACACUGUUCGGUGGCGUCGAUGCUUCUGGGCCGCGACUCGGAAUUUAUUUGCUGAAGCAGGUGCGGCGCUAGGCGCUGAGACUGCUCGAUGGCGCCGAGGCUGGCCAGGUAUCCUCUGGGCCGCGAAUUGCGCGGGCCAUAAUGUGAGUGUGAUAUAUA